UUUAAUUGUGUUUAAUUGUCAUAACAAUUAUGUACUAUUUAAUGACUUAAUAUUAAUUCCUAUGUUUUAGCUGUUUACCUGUACUCUUAUAGUAGUCUGUUUACCUGGACGCAUGAAUGACAGAGGUCAUUCGACCGUGCAGAGUGCAGCGCUUAGACAAGGACGUACUUGUACACGUGCCGGGGGCAACAGAGCAGAACCGUGAAGACCGCUACCUGGACGCCAAUCAAGGACACAGUUACUGGUGAACCAACACUCUUCUCGAUGAUCUACUCACUGACCAGGACGUUCUGACAAUUGUUGUCAUUCGAGUGUGGCUAAUUGACAGUUAAACUAAUUACUACACAUGGAUACUAUACAAAGACUGUGUAAACUUAUUUUAACGACUGGAUCUUUUAUGGACAGUUUACGAGCUUCAAAAGUAAUGACCACGUUAAUUCCCACGCAUCAGUGACAAGGGGGCGUUUCUAGUGACCGUAUAUACGAACUGACAUGGACAGAGUGAAGCAGUCCUCAACCCACCACCAGUGAGGAACGGUCUCCCUUCUGUUGUUACACCCGGCUUCCCAAAGUGUUGUCUGACUUUUUAUUAUUAUAUUUUUCAUUACUCUUGUUCAGUGACUCUGACAUUCUAAAAGACUUUAAAUUAUUGUCAACAAUUAUUCUUUGAUUGUAAAAUCCUUAAUUGUUUUUCUUUAUUGUUUUUGCCUUAUUAUUGUAAUUAUUCAAUUACUAUAGUAUUUUUGUUAACUCUAUUAAAGUAGUAUUUUAAUUGGAUCUGUUGUUGGCUUUCUUUGUGCUGUGUUAUAUUCGACCCUUAUUUUGCCUUGAUGGGGGAUGAUGCCACGGACAUCAAAAAUUUGGAGCCAAGCAUCGAUCCAAGGUUCAAGGAGACGCAAGAAGAAGGGGAUGGGAAACCGAGUAUGUUGAGGAAAUUGCUAAGUCCACCAACCUCAACGAUAACAGCCCCCACCCCCAGAGUAACUUCAGAAAAAGGGGGGUUGACUUCCCUGACAAGCCCCAUCAAAGGAGAGGUGGGCACGUCAACACAAACAACCUCAACCAACAAAAAUCCGAUGAAAAGAAAGUUUUGCCAAUCCACACUAGACACGGCAACUCCACUUAAAAGAGGAUUUGUUGAAACUAUGACUGGACCAAUGGAAACACAGAAUAAAGAGAAUGGUUUUGUGGAAACAUUUAGAAAGAAGAGACCUCAAAAGUACGCUGCGUUGGAGAAAAGGUGCAGGAGGUCAAAUAAUAAGCAAGAAAGACCCUUGCUGGGAGAAGAACUCUCCGCUCUUCAACAACUCAUAGAUUGUAUGGUCAAAGACCUGGCCCAGUCAGCAAUCUUAGUAAAUUAUAUUACAGAUUUUAUUAAAAAAAACUGUAAAAGAAGAGUGGAAUUUAAAACUCUGUGACAUUACAGAUUCAUUGGUCAUUAUAAAAAGACUUAAUUGUGACUGUUUAAAAAAGAUCGAUUGUAUAUACCAUAUAGACAGGAUUAUUUAAAAAGACUUCAUUGUGACUGUUUUUAAAAAGAUCGAUUGUAUACACCAUGUAGACAAAUUUAGCUCAAUCUUAAAUUUUUGUAAAUUUUAUAUCAGACUUCAUCAAUAAAAACUGUAUUUGUUCUUAAA